ACUUUGCAAACUUCUUUUUCCUCAGUCGGGUGUGAAACUUUGGUGUGAACGGGUUUAGUGUGCACAUUUAUUCCACAUUUUUGUAAUUCUCAUUCAAUACGAAUAUCUUCAACUUAUUAUUUUUAUAAGUGUGCUAGAAAAAAAAUUAUAUUGAUAGAAAAACAAAUACUAUCAUUGAAGCGAAUAAAAAGUCGCGAUAGUGAAUCGAGAGAAGCCUUGCGAACCGAGAUAACAGUUUUUUUCUUAUUUUAUUUGUCCCUAUAUUAUUUGCACUAAAUUAUUUCCUAAAUUUAUGCAUUUAGCUGCACCUUUUGAUCAAUAAAAAAAAUCUAUAUCUUUUACGAAACAAAAAAAAAAUAUAUCUGGAGUACGGUGUCCUAAUUUUUUGUUUUUCUUUAUUUUUGUGAAGUGCAAAACCCUACUGUCUGUACAUCAAGUAAAUUACCGUUGUGAUUUAUUGGAGAAUUAACAAACACACUCAACACUCAAAAUGUUUCUACCCGUAGCACAAAACGCUUUUCAGACACUGAGGAGAUCACCACGCGUCCGCGUUUGGCUUAUCAACAAAAAUGGCUUCUCCAGUCAGGUUGAAUACAAACCAAUUCGUUCGGUUUUGGUUGCCAAUCGUGGUGAAAUUGCCAUUCGUGUCUUCCGUGCCUGUACAGAAUUGGGCAUCAAAUCGGUGGCCAUCUAUUCCGAACAAGACAAAAUGCAUAUGCACAGACAAAAAGCCGAUGAAUCAUACAUUGUCGGCAAAGGUCUGCCACCAGUAGAAGCCUAUCUCAACAUUCCAGAAAUAAUCCGCGUGUGCAAAGAAAACGAUGUCGAUGCUGUGCAUCCUGGAUAUGGUUUUCUUUCCGAACGUAGUGACUUUGCUCAAUCUGUGAUUGAUGCUGGUCUUCGUUUUAUUGGUCCAUCACCAAAGGUGGUCCAACAGAUGGGUGAUAAGGUUGCAGCUCGUGUAGCUGCUAUCGAGGCUGGUGUGCCAAUCGUUCCUGGUACUGAUGGUCCAGUUACAACAAAAGAAGAAGCUUUGGAAUUUUGUAAGAAACACGGACUUCCUGUGAUCUUUAAGGCAGCUUAUGGUGGUGGAGGUCGUGGUAUGAGAGUUGUACGUAAAAUGGAUGAAGUUGAAGAAAUGUUCCAGCGUGCAAGUUCUGAAGCUAAGGCUGCUUUUGGUAAUGGAGCUAUGUUUAUUGAGAAGUUUAUUGAACGACCACGUCACAUUGAGGUGCAAUUGCUCGGUGACAAGGCUGGAAAUGUUGUUCAUUUGUAUGAACGUGAUUGUUCAGUGCAACGUCGUCAUCAAAAGGUUGUUGAAAUUGCUCCAGCACCAAGACUUCCUGUAGAAGUUCGUAAUAAAAUGACUGAUGCAGCUGUUCGUUUGGCUAAGCACGUUGGCUAUGAAAAUGCUGGAACUGUGGAGUUCUUAUGCGACGAAACUGGUAACUUCUACUUCAUUGAAGUGAAUGCUAGAUUACAAGUCGAGCACACAGUGACUGAAGAAAUCACAGGAAUCGAUUUGGUGCAAUCUCAAAUUCGAGUUGCCGAAGGCAUGACUCUUCCCGAACUCGGUUAUACCCAGGAAAAUAUCAAACCCCGUGGAUAUGCUAUCCAAUGUCGUGUCACUACUGAGGAUCCUGCCAAUGACUUCCAGCCCAGCACUGGUCGCCUUGAAGUCUUCCGUUCCGGUGAGGGUAUGGGUAUCCGAUUGGAUUCUGCAUCUGCUUUCGCUGGUGCCAUCAUCUCACCCUACUACGAUUCUCUCCUUGUAAAGGUCAUUUCACAUGCAUCAGACCUUCAAAGUUCCGCAUCAAAGAUGAACCGUGCUCUUCGUGAAUUCCGUAUCCGUGGAGUCAAAACUAACAUCCCAUUCCUUUUGAAUGUGCUGGAAAAUCAAAAAUUCCUCCACGGUGUCCUCGAUACCUACUUCAUUGAUGAACAUCCAGAGCUCUUCAAAUUCCGUGUUUCACACAAUCGUGCUCAAAAACUUCUCAACUAUGUUGGAGAGGUUUUGGUCAAUGGUCCACAAACCCCAUUGGCAACAUCCCUGAAGCCUGCAAAUGUCGAUCCCCAUGUACCAACUGUCCCACUUGACUUAUCGCCAGAAGCACUUGAAAAAGAAGAACGUGGUGAGGGUAAAGUAACAGAACCACCAAAAGGUCUUCGGGAUAUUCUCAAAUCUCAAGGACCCGAAGCCUUUGCCAAAGAAGUCCGCUCACGUAAAAACUUACUUUUGAUGGACACAACUUUCCGUGAUGCUCAUCAAUCGCUAUUGGCAACACGUGUGCGUUCCCAUGAUCUUUUGAAGAUCUCACCUUAUGUUGCACACAAAUUUAAUAAUUUGUAUGCUUUGGAGAAUUGGGGUGGUGCCACUUUUGAUGUUGCCCUACGUUUCUUACACGAAUGCCCAUGGGAACGUUUGGAAGAUAUGCGCAAGCAAAUUCCUAAUAUUCCCUUCCAGAUGUUGCUGAGAGGUGCCAAUGCUGUUGGAUAUACAAAUUAUCCCGACAAUGUUGUCUUCAAGUUCUGUGAACUUGCUGUCCAAACUGGUAUGGACAUUUUCCGAGUAUUCGACUCUCUUAACUACUUGCCAAAUUUGAUUUUGGGAAUGGAAGCAGCUGGUAAGGCUGGUGGUGUUGUCGAAGCUGCUAUUUCAUACAGUGGAGAUGUCAGUGAUCCAACCAAAACAAAGUAUGACCUUAAGUACUACACAAAUCUUGCUGAUGAACUUGUGAAAGCUGGAACCCAUGUGCUGUCAAUCAAGGAUAUGGCUGGACUUCUUAAGCCUGCUGCAGCUAAAUUACUGAUCACCGCUAUUCGUGACCGUCAUCCUGAUAUCCCAAUUCACAUCCACACCCACGAUACCUCAGGAGCUGGUGUAGCUUCUAUGUUAGCAUGCGCCCAAGCUGGAGCCGAUGUUGUCGACGUCGCUGUCGAUUCCAUGUCCGGCAUGACCUCUCAACCCAGCAUGGGAGCUGUAGUAGCUUCCUUGCAAGGCACUCCAUUAGAUACCGGUAUGGAUCUUCGCGAUGUAUCUGAGUACUCAGCCUACUGGGAACAAACAAGAACCCUUUAUGCUCCAUUUGAAUGUACCACCACAAUGAAAUCUGGCAACGCAGACGUUUACUUGAACGAAAUUCCUGGUGGUCAAUAUACCAACCUUCAAUUCCAAGCUUAUUCUCUAGGUUUGGGUGACUUCUUCGAAGAUGUCAAGAAGGCCUACCGUGAGGCAAACUUAUUGUUGGGUGAUAUUAUUAAGGUCACACCUUCAUCCAAGGUUGUUGGUGAUCUUGCUCAGUUUAUGGUACAAAACAAGUUGAAUGCUGAACAACUGACCGAAAAGGCAGAGGAGCUUUCCUUCCCCAAGUCCGUGGUUGAAUUUCUACAGGGAGCUAUUGGUACACCCUACGGUGGUUUUCCAGAACCUCUACGUUCUCGUGUACUUAAAGACAUGCCACGUAUUGAAGGCCGUCCUGGAGAACAACUUGCUCCAUUGGACUUCAACAAGCUAAAGUCUGAGCUUAAAGAAUCUCAUCCAUUGAUCAAUGAUCGUGAUGUCAUGUCGGCAGCUCUCUAUCCCCAAGUCACAGCUGACUACCUUAACUUCCGAGAAGAUUUUGGACCAGUCGACAAAUUGAACACUAGGGUAUUCUUAACUGGACCAAAGGUCGGUGAAGAAUUCGAGGUUACCAUUGAGAAGGGUAAGACUUUGAGCGUUAAGACUUUGGCAAUGGCUGAAGAUCUUACGCCAAAUGGUGAACGCGAGGUGUUCUUCGAAAUGAACGGCCAAUUACGGUCAGUAUUCAUCCGUGACAAGGAAGCUGUUAAGGAACUCCACAUUCAUCCAAAGGCAAAUAAGGGCAACAAGAACGAAGUUGGAGCCCCAAUGCCUGGUACAGUAAUUGAUGUCCGUGUAAAGGAAGGCGACAAAGUUGAAAAGGGUCAACCAUUGGUUGUACUUUCCGCCAUGAAAAUGGAAAUGGUUGUCCAAGCACCCAAAGCCGGUACAGUUAAAAAGCUACACAUUGAAAAUAAUAUGAAACUCGAAGGUGACGAUCUCCUCGUAGUUAUAGAAUAAACUAAAAAACAUUUAGGGCAUAACCAUAAUAUUCCUUUUCACUCAUCUUGACUGUAGUUCCAGUGAGACUAAGCUUAGAUAAGUGUAUAUGUGAGUGUCUUUAAUUUAUACAAAAAAUUAGGAGAUCAAAAAAUAUACUAGGUAUACUUAACAAAAUUUAAAGAAAGAAAAAAACAAACCAAUUUUUAUACAAAAAAAAAGAAGAAGAAAUUUAUGGGACAUCCAGGGCUUAGAAUACGAUUGUAUAUAAUAUACUACUACAUAAUUAUUUUGUUUAAAUAAAAGAAAAAUUCUUAACGUAAACUUAACCGUCGAAAUACGCACAAAACUGCCACAAACAAAUUGUGUCUAUCAAUCGAAAGUUUAGAAAAGAAAAAAAAAAUAUAAAUAAAU